UAUUUUUCUGUGCAGAUUAGAGUGUGGCUUGAUAUCGGUUCUCCUCAAACAGUCGACGUGCUCCGGUUUAUUUCCAUCCUUUUAUUACGGGUUACAAUGUCUGCGCUAGAACGGGACUUUUCAUCGGAAAAUAGCAAAUUUGAAUGAGUAAAACCGGAAAAACGCGGUUCCGUCUGCAGCAUAAGCAUCUCCACAAAUCGCCAACUGCACAUAUGAACCCACUGAUAGAAGUUGCCGGUGUUUCUACUCAUGUCUGGCUACUGCAGGCCUACGGUUGUUGCUUCUAUGAUGCUCAAUCUGCUCCUUCCUUAUUAAUGUUAAAUGGGGAUACGAUUCGCAAGAUUAUUGGGUCAGUCCGACAUAGUAUUGGCUAAAUUUGGGCAAGUGAUUUGAGUUUCCGAAGCAAAACCUAUCAUUUUUUCAAGUAGUUCAACUUCUGAGAAAUCGCGAUACCCGAUGUGGUUGGUCUAUAUACCAGAAACAAGGAUAAACACAACCCAACGGAAGCAACAUUUUACUCAAGAUAUAUGGAAAAUAAAAACAAAAAUUCUGUUUUGUUAGCAAUGUAGUAUCUGGCUGGCCAGCAGAAAAUGUUGAAUUCUUGUACAAAGUGUCAAAAGUGUGAGGAUCACGUAUAUUUGCAUUAUGCAUAAUCUGAGAUCAUGUUCGCCAAGAGGUGCAAAUCCAUACCAGGGAAAUGUGGUGGAAAGAUGGCCUCGAGUACACUGGAACAGUUUCUUUCCUACAUGACAAGCAACCAUUUUAUUUUUGGAUGUAAUGAAAAUUCACCUGCCCAUAAUGCUUUCCGGCUUUCGCCAUUGUCAAAUACGGACGUGUAGAACGUAAAUAACACUCAUGUCGGAGGUCGAAGCGUUUGAAAGUUUUGAGGGCGACAAUGUCCAGCCCCCGGUAUUCGAUCAAGCACCGGUCGUCCAGCCAGCGGAACUCCCGGACAAUAGGCUAUUCGGACGCUGGAGUAGCAAUGAUAUCCACAUUUCGGACAUUUCCGUAUCGGAUUACAUCGCAGUGAAGGAGAAGCACGCCAAAUAUCUUCCCCAUUCGGCUGGUCGGUAUGCCGCUAAACGGUCCCGCAAGGCACAGUGCCCAAUUGUUGAGCGUCUCACCAAUUCGUUGGUGAUGAAGGGACGCAACAACGGUAAAAAACUGAAAGCUGUCCGAAUCGUGCGCCAUGCGUUUGAAAUUAUGCAUCUGCUAACCGGCAAAAAUCCGCUGCAGAUUGUGGUGCAGGCCAUAAUCAACUCGGGGCCACGUGAAGAUUCGACCCGUAUUGGUCGUGCCGGUACUGUGCGUCGUCAGGCCGUUGAUGUUUCCCCACUGCGGCGCGUGAACCAGGUUAUCUGGCUUCUGUGUACCGGUGCUCGUGAGGCUGCUUUCUGCAACAUCAAGACUAUUGCCGAAUGCUUGGCUGAUGAGUUGAUUAACGCUGCUAAGGGUUCCUCUAACUCGUACGCCAUCAAGAAGAAGGACGAACUGGAACGUGUCGCCAAGUCUAACCGAUAAACCGUUACGGCAAGGCACAUGUGUGGCCGCCGAGCGAUACAGCUUCCUCCGACUUUCAGACGAAGCAUCGCUUGUUUUAGGGGCUGGUUUCUAUCUCCCCCUCCCCAUUUUGAAUGCACGUUUUACAACGUAUUUCUGCUUGCGCAAAUUUAAUAACCAUCAAAAUUAACAUCCACAGCAAUGAUUCUGUUACGCGCUAGAAUGUGAAUAAAAAAGGCAUAACGUUAAUUGCAGUACCGGGUAGCAGGUAAUAGCUACAGAUACGAUAUAAGUCAAUUAUCUAUAUACGAAAAACGUUGAGUUUUUUCUGGUACAUAAACUCCGACUUCCUUUAUAGCAUCAGUUUUUAUGGAGAUUCAGAGAUUUGCUGCAGAUUCAGUUUUGCAGUUAAUAAAAUCAUAAUCGCAAAUAUUC